CCGGCCGAACAUGCCUAGUUUUUCUCUUGCAAAUUUGACCGUUUCGUAUCAGCAGAUGCCAUUUGUUCUUGGAGUCUUCGUGAUCUACCCUUUCUCGUCCUGUUUUUUGUCGUCAUUAGUUUAUUAGAGUUUUGAAAAGCUCUCACAAUUUGCUCUUCCUUGUCUCUGCAUCGUUGUACCCUGCUAUUUCCUCGAGGACAAGAUCAAUGGCAACCAAAGAAGUGGAUUCAGCGCUUCUCAAGCUAGAAUCGGCGUGUUCCGAUUUGAGAACACUCCAAUCAUCAGCUAAAAUGGGAAAAGACUUGGAAGAGAUGGAGAAGAAGUUUGAUUCUAUAGAUGAAACUCUCUCAACAGCUGCAAAAAGAGUAGCACCUUUGCAGUCCCUGGCUAUAGCUGCUAAGGCUCUUGAUACCAGAACUAAUAGAGCCGUCUCUCCGGCUCUUCAUCUCCUCCACAGUUUCAAGCUUUCUGAAUCUUUCCAGCACAAGCUCAUUCAACUCUCCCACAAACUAUCUAUUGAGAAAAACCCAAGGAAUAGACUUAAAAAGCUUCUCAAAUACGUCCAAUGUAUCGAUCAGCUUAACAAAGCUAUUAACUUAAUCAGUCUAGACGGUGAGCCGGUAAUUCAAAAGCUUCAAGAGGUGGUGGAAUUCUUGAGCAGAACAAAAGCCACUGAUCAAUAUCGAACGGAAAGAUUGAAGGAGACUUUAAUAACACUUAGAGCUCUAUAUGAAUCCGAGGUUGAUGCUAUGAAGUUUGAUGGGUUGCUUGAUGAGGCUUUGCUAAACCUACAGGACGAAUUCGAGAUUAUGUUACAGCAAAUGAAGCAUCAAAAGAUAGGGGAGCAACAAGCAGAUGAAGAUGCUGAUCAACCAGUGCCAGUGGUUUCUGAACUUGGCACCAAAAUGGAGGUAGAAAUUCUUAGGCGAAUUGCAGAAACCCUCGCUGCCAAUGAUUGUUUGGAUAUAUGUAUUGAUAUCUUCGUUAAGGUGAGAUACAGAAGAGCGGCCAAAGCGUUGAUGCGACUAAACCCUGAUUACUUAAGAACAUACACUCCAGAAGAAAUUGAUGAAAUGGGGUGGAAGAGUCUGGAGACAGCAAUUUCUCUUUGGAUCCAGCAUUUCGAGCUUGCAGUCAAAACAGUCUUCCUAUCAGAAAAGAAACUAUGCAAGCAAGUUUUGGGAGGACUUCCCGAAGUGCUUAUCUGGCUAGAGUGUUUCGUCAAGAUUACAGAUAAAAUCAUGGCGGUGUUUUUCCGUUUUGGAGAAGGUGUUGCAAGGAGUAACAGAGAGCCCCAGAAACUGUUCAAGCUCUUGGAAAUGUUCGACUCCUUAGAAAAGCUGAAACUCGAAUUCACAGAGAUUUUCGAAGGUGAAUCAGGAGCUGAUAUUUGCAUACGUUUUAGGGAACUCGAAAAGCUACUCGUGCAUGCUUCAAGCAAAGUAUUUUGGGAGUUUGGCCUCCAAAUAGAAGGCACUUCCGAUGGUUUCACUCCACCACAAGAUGGUUCAGUCCCGAAACUUGUGAGAUAUGCUGUCAAUUACCUCAAGUACCUUACCACAGAGACAUAUAAUGCACCCAUGGCUAAAGUCUUACGAACAGAACAAAUCUGGAAAGCUGGCAUCUUAUCGAAACCCGAAACUGAUGAGAAUUUACUCAAAGAUGCCAUCUCUAACAUCAUGGAAGCUCUUCAAAGACACAUCGGAUCAAAAAGUUCGGGUUACAAAGACAAAAUCUUGCCCCACGUCUUUAUCAUGAACACAUAUUGGUAUAUUUAUAUGAGAAGCAGGAAUACAGAACUUGGGAAGCUUUUAGGAGAGCAAUACUUGAAACAGAAAUACAAGAGCGUUGCAGAGGAGUCAGCUUACAUGUAUCAAUGGCAAGCAUGGGGACCAUUAGUAAGUUUGUUAGAGAAGGAAGAAUCAGAGCAAGACACCAAAGCUACAGCAGCUUAUGUGAGAGGUAAACUGGAAGCAUUUUUCAAAUGCUUUGAUGAGAUCUCAAAAAGGCAUGCAAGGGGUUAUAGCAUUCCUGACGCUGAUUUAAGGGCACAAUUAAGAGGAGCAACUGUGAAACUGGUGGUUCCUGUUUAUAGUGAAUUCUUGAAUACACACUCAACGUUAUUGUCUGGAAAGUCUUAUGUUCCUCCUGAAUCGUUGCAAGGAUUGGUGGGUCAGGUUUUCAAUGGAACUGAUCGAACAGGAAAUGGGAGGCUGAAGCGCCAAGAUUCCAAGGACAUAAUGCCUGCGAGGAACUCGGUUUCCGGGGAAGGAGAGCUUAAGAAUUCAAGACGAUCUAGAUCAAAAUCCGUUGAUGUAUGAAUCAAUGAUUGCUUAUUACCUUCUCAUGGUUUUGUUUUUCGUUCAAACUGUUGCAUGAACGCUAAUUAAGAUUGCUUCCUUUUUCAUAAUACAGAUAUGUAACACAAUAAUGCAGUGCAACGCAAAUUAUAUACUGGAAU